UUGACAUCCAAAACCAGUUAACACUAAUUAAUCUCUCAUGACACCAUAUGAUGACAGUCAAAACAUUUUUUCAAGGUACUUAUGUAUAAUGACAUGCACCUUAUUUACAAGCGAUAGAGAUUCAUCUUACAGCGUGUUAACAUAUGAAUAUUCCACGACGUUAUAAUCCGUCUGUGUAUAUAUGACCUACUGUUCAACAAGAUCGCUAACAUUGGCGACCACCCUUAUUUUAUCUUUUCUAACAAACGGUUUGAAUAUUUAUAAUCAUUAUCUUACCUCAUACUUUUUCAUGGCUAACAUAUAUCUAUGGAGGCCACUAAAUGUAUAUAUAAGCUGUUAACCCUGCUAAAAGUCACAAGAAAAUGAAAUAUUUUGUGCAAUCCCAAUGUGAUCCAACAAUAUGAAUUUACAUUUCAUGAAACAAAAGUUGGUUUCUUAAACUAUCUGAUCGAUCAUUUUUUUUAUGCAGUGCUGCCCAUUACUGUAAAAACGUGUCUGUAGUUUAGUUAGCUACUUAAAUUUACCAACACUUAUUUACUCUCGGUGACUUGAGUCUGAGCCAAAAGAGAAUUUAUUUGUAGAGGUAUGAUUUAAAACCCAUAGUUAUGACUACAUGAUAAGACUGCACACUACCAGUAACUCAAAUAAAUCAAAUAAGUCACUAUGACAGUGAGGUUGAGACAAACUUAGAUAUUUUAGAAAUUUGUGGCCUGAAGUGGAAGGAUUAACAGAGUAGGUGAUGUAAAAAAAUAAAAAGAUGCUAACUUGGUUUUAUAAACAAUAUCUAAGCGAUUAUCAACAGUAUCGCACUACAAUUGGAUUCAGAGAAUUGUGGGCAAAAACGGAAAUAUCACUUUACAAUAUCCAGUGGAUUACUUGAUUGCUUAGACGGUUAAUCAGUUGUAUCCAUUUACAACUGUAAAUACAUCUUAUUUUUUCUCUCUUUUAGAUUUCUACAUGUAUAUUUUUACCACAAUACCUCGAUAACAUACAUUUAGAAUAGACCAGAGAAUUCAAAUAUUGGACAUCAUAGAUGAUACAAACUAAAAGUUCGUGGACUCCAUUGGUGAACAAAGACGCAAAUAAAACGGUAUUGUUUUGUUUAAUUCCUCCAUUACUUGUCAGUUUUAGCUUUUUGAAGAACGAAAACAUCUUAUUUUAGCUUGGUUUGCCAAAUGGUCAGAAAGUCAAAGAAAGGAGUUAAUGACGAAACUUUUCGAGUUAUGCACUCAGAAACAACUUGAGUCACUUUUUCACAAUAUAGAAAAUAAAAUUCCUUUAUACCAAAUAGAUUUUACUAGAAUACUACCAAGAGUUCUAUGCAUUUAUCUGUUUUCUUUUCUGGAUCCUAGAAGUCUCUGUCGCUGUGCACAGGUAUCAUGGUAUUGGAGAUAUCUAACUGAAUCAAAUGAAUUAUGGGCAUCGAAGUGUUUAAGAUAUGGAUGGGAUUUAAUCGCUUCACAUAGUCAAUGGGAACCUGGAAUUUGGAAGAAGCAUUAUAUUCAAAACAUACGUUACCUUCAGUUUCAUAUUUCAGAGAAGUCAAUCAAUAAAGAAAAUGGUGAUACAAGAGAAAGAUGUUCAGAAGAACUAUUCAAUAAAAGAUGUCAUACAUUGAAUUUUGUAAAUAAUCAUCAUCAGGAUCAUUAUGAGAACAAUAAUAUUGAUACUACCAUUAAUACUACUGCUACUACUACUACUAAUAGUAGUAGUACCAGUAGUAACCAUGGUGAUUAUGAUAAAAAACAGGAUAUAAAUAGAAACUAUAAAAUGAUUCAAUUAACUGAUACAUCUAAAUUAAUACCAUGGCGUGCACCAAGUCGUAAACCAUCUGAUACUCAUCGUUUUAAUUAUUUUGAUAAUAAUGAAACAAUCAAGUUAAAAUCUUCUAAAAAUGAAUUUCAAUAUCGGUUCAGUAAUAGUGCUGGGUCAACAAGAAAGAAGUACUCAUUAUCAUCAUCAUCAUCACCACCACCGCAAAUUGAUGAUAUUUACAGUAAUGGUAUUAAUGGUAAUGUUCAUAAUCUGUUUAAGCAUGAAACAAUACAGAAAUCAACAUGUCCUAAUAUUUCAAUGUUCACAAGUCAUCAUAAUUCAAUCACAUUACCUUGGAAACCCACAUCUACAUAUCCUUCUGGAGCAUAUUAUCUUAAUACAGAAAAACUACAACCACUACAAUAUAGUAUGAUUAAAAAAUAUUUUAAUCCUAAUUCUAACUUUAAAAAUAGUUCAAAAUUCAAGAAAAUUGAGAAUAAUGAACCGCUAAAUCAUAAACUACAUUUGAACAACUCAAAAUUGAAUGGAUCAAAUAAACAACUGGAUCAUGAAAUCAAUAUGGUCAAUUUUUCAGAUAAUAAACAAACUUAUGGAAAAUCGACGGUUUUGGAAGAAUUGAAUUCUCAAUAGUAAACAUAGUAAUAAUAAUAAUUCUUCACACAUGAAUAUACUACUACCCUACAAUAAUGAGUAGUUUAAAUUAAUUUGUAAACUGUAAAACCAAUCAUGUUUACUUUUCCAUACUGAAUGAAAUAUAUAUUUCCUUUUUUGUUUUUAAAAAAA